UGUAGGUGGAGUCUGAGGAGGAACAGACGGGUCGUGUGUAGCAAAGUGAGCUGUGUGGGGAAGGGGUGAGGACAAGGUUAUUCGCGAGCUUCCAGAUCGAGGACCCAGCCAGGUGAGCAAAAGCCAAGCUCCACCCUUGGGUGGUCGCUGUCCGGAGGAUCACCCCCUGCGAAGGAAACCCCGCCCCCGCGGCUCCUGCGCGCCCCGCCCAGGCCCGCAGCGCGGCUGCAGCGCAAGGGGCGGAGAGGCACAGCGCGGCGAGAGGACCAGACGCCCAGGUCGCCUGCAUCCAGUGCCGCAGGACACCGAAAGCGCAUCUUCUCCGGGGCGUCCCAGCUGCUCCCUUGGCCCCAGCGACAGAUCACCUGUCCUCCGCCUCGACCCCAGCCCUGCGCUCCCUUCCUUCGGAGCACACGCUACCCUUUCAGUCGGAGACGCGCCUAGCACCUCGUCGUCGACUACCAUGGCGGAGACUAACAACGAAUGCAGCAUCAAGGUGCUUUGCCGAUUUCGGCCCCUGAACCAGGCCGAGAUUCUGCGGGGGGACAAGUUCAUCCCCAUUUUCCAAGGGGACGACAGCGUCAUUAUUGGGGGAAAGCCAUAUGUCUUUGACCGCGUAUUCCCCCCAAACACGACUCAGGAGCAGGUUUACCACGCCUGUGCCAUGCAGAUCGUCAAAGAUGUCCUUGCUGGUUACAAUGGCACAAUCUUUGCUUAUGGGCAGACAUCCUCAGGGAAAACACAUACUAUGGAGGGGAAGCUGCACGACCCCCAGCUGAUGGGCAUCAUUCCCCGGAUCGCUCGAGACAUCUUCAACCACAUCUACUCCAUGGAUGAGAACCUUGAAUUCCACAUUAAGGUGUCUUACUUCGAGAUUUACCUGGAUAAGAUCCGUGACCUUUUGGAUGUGACCAAGACGAACCUGUCUGUGCAUGAGGACAAAAACCGGGUACCGUUUGUCAAGGGUUGUACCGAACGCUUUGUGUCCAGCCCAGAGGAAAUUCUGGAUGUGAUCGAUGAGGGGAAGUCGAACCGUCAUGUAGCUGUCACCAACAUGAACGAGCACAGCUCUCGGAGCCACAGUAUCUUCCUCAUCAACAUCAAGCAGGAGAACAUAGAGACGGAGCAGAAGCUCAGUGGGAAGCUGUACCUUGUGGAUCUGGCCGGCAGCGAGAAGGUCAGCAAGACAGGAGCCGAGGGAGCUGUUUUGGAUGAGGCGAAGAAUAUCAACAAGUCACUGUCUGCCCUGGGGAAUGUGAUCUCUGCUCUGGCCGAGGGCACCAAAAGCUACGUGCCGUACCGUGACAGCAAAAUGACGAGGAUUCUCCAGGACUCUCUGGGAGGGAACUGCAGGACCACCAUGUUCAUCUGCUGCUCGCCGUCCAGCUACAACGACGCAGAGACCAAGUCCACACUCAUGUUUGGGCAGCGGGCAAAGACCAUCAAGAACACUGCCUCCGUGAAUCUGGAGCUGACGGCUGAGCAGUGGAAGAAGAAGUACGAGAAGGAGAAGGAGAAGACCAAGGCUCAGAAGGAGACGAUUGCGAAGCUAGAGGCUGAGCUCAGCCGGUGGCGCAAUGGAGAGAAUGUGCCUGAGACUGAGCGUCUGGCUGGAGAGGACUCAGCUCUGGGAGCUGAGCUCUGUGAGGAGACCCCUGUGAAUGACAACUCAUCCAUUGUGGUCCGGAUUGCACCUGAGGAAAGGCAGAAAUAUGAGGAAGAGAUCCGCCGUCUCUACAAGCAGCUUGAUGACAAGGAUGAUGAGAUCAACCAGCAAAGCCAGCUCAUCGAGAAGCUGAAGCAGCAGAUGCUGGACCAGGAAGAGCUGCUGGUGUCCACUCGAGGAGACAAUGAGAAGGUCCAGCGGGAGCUGAGCCACCUACAGUCCGAGAACGAUGCCGCAAAGGACGAGGUGAAGGAAGUGCUGCAGGCCCUGGAGGAGCUGGCAGUCAACUACGACCAGAAGUCCCAGGAGGUGGAGGAGAAGAGCCAGCAGAACCAGCUGCUGGUGGACGAGCUGUCCCAGAAAGUGGCCACCAUGCUGUCCCUGGAGUCUGAGCUACAGCGACUCCAGGAGGUCAGUGGACACCAGCGAAAACGGAUCGCUGAGGUGCUGAAUGGGCUGAUGAGAGACCUGAGUGAGUUCAGUGUCAUCGUGGGCAACGGCGAGAUUAAGCUGCCCGUGGAGAUCAGUGGGGCCAUCGAGGAGGAGUUCACAGUGGCUAGACUCUACAUUAGUAAGAUCAAGUCAGAGGUGAAGUCGGUGGUUAAGCGAUGUCGGCAGCUGGAGAAUCUCCAGGUGGAGUGUCAUCGUAAGAUGGAGGUGACCGGUAGGGAGCUGUCAUCUUGCCAGCUGCUCAUCUCACAGCACGAGGCCAAGAUCCGUUCACUCACGGAGUACAUGCAGACUGUGGAGUUGAAGAAACGGCACCUUGAAGAGUCGUACGACUCCCUGAGCGAUGAGCUAGCCAGGCUCCAGGCGCAUGAAACUGUGCACGAGGUAGCCCUGAAAGAUAAGGAGCCAGACACACAGGAUGCGGAGGAGGUGAAGAAGGCCCUGGAACUACAGAUGGAGAACCACCGUGAGGCCCAUCACCGGCAGCUGGCCCGCCUCCGCGAUGAGAUCAAUGAGAAACAGAAGACCAUAGAUGAGCUGAAAGACCUGAACCAGAAGCUCCAGUUGGAGCUGGAGAAGCUUCAGGCUGAUUAUGAGAGGCUGAAGAAUGAAGAGAAUGAGAAGAGCGCCAAGCUCCAGGAGCUGACAUUUCUGUACGAGCGGCAUGAGCAGUCCAAGCAGGACCUCAAGGGACUGGAGGAGACAGUUGCCCGGGAACUCCAGACCCUCCACAACCUUCGCAAGCUGUUCGUUCAAGACGUCACGACUCGAGUCAAGAAAAGUGCAGAAAUGGAGCCCGAGGACAGUGGGGGGAUUCAUUCCCAAAAGCAGAAGAUCUCCUUUCUUGAGAACAACCUGGAACAGCUUACAAAGGUUCACAAACAGCUGGUACGUGACAAUGCAGAUCUGCGUUGUGAGCUUCCUAAAUUGGAAAAACGACUUCGGGCUACGGCUGAGAGAGUUAAGGCCCUGGAGGGUGCACUGAAGGAGGCCAAGGAGGGUGCUAUGAAGGACAAGCGCAGAUACCAGCAGGAGGUGGACCGCAUCAAGGAAGCUGUGCGGUACAAGAGCUCCGGCAAGCGGGGCCAUUCUGCUCAGAUCGCUAAGCCUGUGAGGCCUGGCCACUAUCCUGCCUCCUCACCCACCAACCCCUACGGCACCCGGAGCCCCGAGUGCAUCAGCUACACCAACAACCUCUUCCAGAACUACCAGAACUUGCACCUGCAGGCUGCACCUAGCUCCGCUUCAGAUGUGUACUUUGCCAGCAGCGGAGCCACAUCUGUUGCCCCCUUGGCUUCCUACCAGAAGGCCACCAUGGACAAUGGAAAUGCCACAGAUAUCAAUGACAACAGGAGUGACUUGCCGUGCGGCUACGAGGCUGAGGACCAGGCCAAGCUCUUCCCUCUCCACCAAGAGACAGCAGCCAGCUAACCCCCAACCCUGGCUACACAUCUGCACUUUCAGUUUCUAAGAGGGACUGAGGCCUCUUCUCUCAGCAUGCUGCAAAACCUGUGGUCUCUGAUACUAACUCCCUCCCCAGCCCAUGUUGUUGGACCAUUUGGUGUCUCCUCCUCCUCUGUACCUCUUUGUACUCUGUAUCUAUAUAUCAGAGGCUGCUGCUACGUCUCUCCUCUCUGUCCUACCCUCUAAGUAUCUGAUGAUGUAUUUAGCAGUUUUUAAGCAUAAUCUCCCUUCCUCGUUGGGCAUUAGGGAGGAGGGAAACGUUUCUUCUUUCUUCCAUAUACUUGUUUCUUACACCGAGUGAUGUCAGUCACUGAGUAGAGGUCACAGAAGAUAAAGGGAAAAUGGGAGCAGGGGGGCUGCCCUCCUUCUCUCUCACAGACACACAUGUACACACACACACACACACACACACGCAUGCACACACACAUAGUGUACAUACAAAGCCUUAAGCAGAAGAAUGUCUUAGCAUCUACGAAAAGAGAGAAACAGAUCCCCUCCUUACACAGAGCAAAGAGGAGGACCCAGUGGAAGGUUUGCAGCAUCACCCCCCACACACACACCCUAGCCCCCCCCACACACACACCCUAGCUCCCCCCCCCCAACACACACCCUAGCCUGCGUCAGCAGACUGAGGGAGGAGGUCUCCUCUGCCUUUUGCUCCCUUCUUCCCCAGUUUGAGAGUAUGGAUUGCUCAAGGGACUAUUUCCCUUUCUAGCCCAAGCCUCUUUUGGUACUUUCCAGUCCAGAUAUCACAACCAGAACUUAGAGUUGGUUUAAAACAUCUUCUGAGAAGCCAAGAAGGCAGAUUGCAGAGAAAGAGCAGCUCAUCUGUCUGUGACGAUGGCUGCAUAAACAGGUGGAGUCAGAAUGGUGGGCUCCGGGCUCCGGGCAGUGAGCAGGCUGGGGGACUCCUGUGUGCUACUCCAUCACAGAACCCUCAGGUUGAAGCUACCAGCUCGUUCUUUCUCCCAUAUCGGGCUACAUGUGCUUCUCACCCCUGACUUUGGUUUGGGGCUUCUAGUUUAUUGGCUUAAUAGCUGUCUCUAGAUGCCAUCCCUUCAAAAUGGAAUCUGGCUUGUUCCCAGUAUACCUUCCUCCUCCAAAUAGAGUUCCUUCUGUAAUCUCCAUCUGGUCCCAAGUGCACUUUAAAGACAGGGAUGGGGGAGCAGGUUGGAGCAUGGUGGCAGGCAGCUUCCUUGACACAUGAAAAAGCUCUGCUUUUGAUCCCAGCACUGCAAAUGCAAAAGCAAAAGCUGGAUGUAUUGGCUCACACUUUUGAAUGCUGCUCUCAGGGAGACGCGGUAGGAAAAUUGCUAAAUUUGAGGCCAGCCUGGACUACACAGUUCAAUCCAGGAGAGCUUGUGCUAUGAGGAAAUCCUAUCUCAAAAUGAAGGAAAGGAAGGAAGGAAGGAGGGAAGGAAGCAGGGACAGGAUAAUUUUUUUCUGAGCUGGUAGGGGCUAAGAGCUUGAAUCUCAUGCUCUCCCCACCGCCAUCUCAGCCCAACACUGAAGAGGAAGUUGCUUUAGUUCGGAUGGUCCUGUCGGUCCAUGUGCUAAGGUAGCUCUCCAGACAGCUGCAGGAAUGAGGGUCAGUACUCAGCCUGAGCCAAGGAAUCCAGUCUUCCCUGGGAUGGGAGACCCGGACUCCGACAGAGGGCAGCCUGCCAUGCAGACCGUCUAGGCCAUGUGGAUGACAGCUGCAAAUGUGGGCUGCAGUGACUGUGACUCCCCCAAGGGACCGGUUCUGCUCUUUAGGGAGUGAUCGAGAUGAAGACAGUAUCAGACUGGCAUGGGAGAACUCCCAAGUGGCAACUUUCAAACACUUUAGAAUAAAUCUGGGGCUGGUGAGAUGGCUCAGCAGGGAAGAGCACCGACUGCUCUUCGGAAGGUCAUGAGUUCAAAUCCCAGCAACCACAUGGUGGUUCACAACCACCCAUAAUGAGAUCUGAUGCCCUCGUCUGGUGCAUCUGAAGACAGCUACAGUGUACUUACAGUAAUAUAAUAAAUAAAUAAAUCUUUAGAAUAAAUCUGAUGUAGGAUAACUAAGCAGAGUCCAGGGCUUGGAUGGUGGCUCAAUGGUAUGUAGUGUGACAAGUCUAAGGGUUUGGUCUAUCUCUGGAACUGCAAACAACACGAAACAACCAAGAUGGGAAAGAAAUUCAGAGCUAGGAAUGUUAUAAUUUAUUUCUUUUCAUACCGUCCCCCAUUUCCCCCUCCCAGUGGACAAUGCUGAGGGUCCUGAGAUAGCCCUAAGAGCUUAGAAUUCACUUAUUUGCAAGAUGGCUUCAAUAUGCUCCCCCCACCCUAAAACCACAACUCAAAAGAAAGGUCAAUAGGUGCAGACAAAUCACACCAACUCAGACACAGUGGGCAAAGAAGGAGGAGAGCGUCCUCUGUGGCUCAUGCUGGCAGGACGCCUAGGAGUCUGGGGGAGUUUGCAUGAUCUUGCCACCAAACAAUUCUUUUCAAAACACAAGUGAGGAGAUGUGGAGGCGUACAGCAGAGCAGAUGAGGAAGGAGAUGGCAGAGGUCAGCCUUCCCUCAGCAAGAUGUAAGGGACAAGGCCAUUUGCUACACUAAAAAAACAGCCCUUCACCAGGUUCUCACCACACCCUCCCCUUACAUUCACUACAUCCCUUUCAGAAAGCUAGGCCACCACAAGGGCCCCUGGCCCACCCACUUACAUCUGCCAAAGUGAAAUGUUGCAUGCCGGUGUGGAGAACAAACCAAACCACACAAAUCCCAGUGUGUAUUUACUUGGUGGACACAAAUACCUUUAAAAUAAAGUAAACUCGAUGACGAA